AUCUGAUUAUACAACUACACAUCCUCACUCGCUGCUCGUCUGCAACACAUCAUCCUAUCGCAUGCAUCCUUCCUGUCCGCGGUUUCCUACAUGCUAACCACUCCAGUCGGAUUACACGUUUAUUAGUAGCCUGCUUAAGCGACCGACCAUUGCAUUGGUCCAUCCCCUCCGCCACAGCCUUUUGGUGUCCAAAUACACUUGCCCUCCUUCCAUCGCUACUCUCCCAGCUUGCACGUCAUCCCAUCGUCGGAAAAAAAGUCACGCUUCACCGUCACCCACUCCUUCACACACACCCACAACCUGUCCCAUCGAAUGUACCGUAUUUGACUUGCAAAACUUGACUGGGGCAAAGAAUAAAAUUGAAUACAAAGAGCAACACAAAGCAUUUCUAGCCUCUCGGCACAUUGAUCACACCUGCUGCCUCCUCUCAACUCCGAAACCCGCACACAUUGAAGUCCUCCACGCUUCCAACCUCUCCCCCAUCAUACCUUGUUCGGUCGCAUCAUGGCCGCGAUCACAGGAUGAGGCCCAAUAAAUACCAAGCAGUGCUUCAUCUUGUUUGAACAAGUGGUUUGGGGACCCAACCUCAAGGCAAAAUGAGGCGCCAUCAUGGAAGGGCUCUGUCCCCAUAUCACGGUCGCACCGCAUCACCCCCCUCUGCCGAAGUCUCUCUAGUCCGCAAGUUUGACUCCCAGGUCAACCCUUCUCGUCCUGUCAGGCAAUCCCCACUGGCAGCAUCGCAGAUCCAGGGUCUCCCUCUAGACUUGAUCGACCGCAUUCGCUCCUUCCCGCUCUUCCAAGGCACCCCCGAUUCCUUUCUCGCCGAGAUUGUCGUUCAGCUCAAACCUCAAUUACACAAUACAAACGACUACAUUCUCACCGAAGGCGACGAUGCAAAGUCCAUGUACUGGCUCGUCCGCGGUGCCGUCGCCGUCACCUCCAGAGAUGGUGAGAGCACCUAUGCGGAACUCAAGGCCGGCGCAUUCUUUGGUGAGAUUGGUAUCCUCAUGGAACUCCCUCGCACUGCCACCGUCGUCGCUCGGACCCGUUGUUUGGUUCUUGCUUUGAAAAAGGAAGACUUGCAGACCAUCCUACCCCGGUAUCCCGACGUCGACCGAGCCAUUCGAGAAGAAGCCUCUGAACGUUAUACACAACUGUUAAAGAAGAAGGCCCAAAUCCAGCUAGGCUCCGAAGACCUUGCUAUACAUGAGAGGAGAGGUUCGAAGCGAGCGCGCAGCGCUUUUGGCGAAGAUGUCGACAUGGAUCAAGAUGGAAACGAUGGGGCUGUGUCUAGCAAACGAAGAAAGUCUCCCAGCCCUGGAACUGCCGACAUUUCGACUGCAAGUGCGCUAGGUCAUGGCUUGGUUAACAUUCGAGCCACCUUGAAAGAGCUUCCACUCUUUGCCUCACUGCCGUCUGACAUACUCCAUUUCCUCGGUCUCAAUGCACAACCACGCAGUUUCACCCCCUUCACCGACAUCAUUAAGCAGGAUACCAGAGGAAGAGAGAUAUACUUUAUUGUUCGCGGCGAAGUUGAGGUCCUAAAUGAGAGAAUCCACGCCACUUCAGACGCCAGGAAAACGGCAAAUCAUCUCCCCAAUGGAGUUCCGAAAACACCACACAUCAAGGCUCGACUGAGACCGGGUCAAUACUUUGGCGAGGUUGUCAGCUUGUCCCUGACAGAUCGAAGGACUGCAACUGUUCGAUCGGUCACUCAAGUCGAAUGUUUGAUGAUCUCAGAACACGUAUUGGCUGAGUUCUUGGACAAAUGUCCUCCAGAGGUCCUCCGACAGAUCGAAGAUACGGCAAAGGAGAGAUUGAAAACCGCCUCGGAGAAUGAUGUGGUCAUGAACGAUACAGACACAACACCAGACAUUCAUGAUUUGGCAAUAGCCGACAAGGGCAGGGCGUCCAGCCCUAUACCCCAUGGCCCCAGAGUGACUUUUACUGAAGCCGAGAUUAGCAGCUCUGCCCAACCAUGCCAGGCAGACGAGCCGCUUCCGCUGAAACCCUCUGACCCGGACCCCUUUCUCAGCCAAGGUCUUGAAAAGGUGCGUUCUAGAUCGAGAAGAGGCUCUCUUGCACCGAUGCCCCCCGACGAGUCAGGAAAAGACAAGCGCCGGUCUCCUCGAGCUUCCCCUACGAGUGUUAGUGGCCAUUCUCCACGCACCUCCGCAUCGGGAACACCCUCACCUAUCUCCGAGCACAAAGGUUUGGGAUUUCCAUUCUCUGAUCCUUUCUCUCCCGGCGGACGACCAAAGCCCCGAUCACGGUCGAGCCGUGGUUCGAAUCGUGGUUCAAUUCCUGACCAGCUUUUACCUUUGAUUCUUGCACAUCUCGACUUGAAUGAUCUGAUGCGAUCUCAAUCGGUGUCCUUGCACUGGCAAAAUGUAUUAAAUACUGCUCCCAAUCUACUUUCCCACCUCGAUCUAUCACAGUACAACCGAAAAAUCACAGAUCAGAUGCUCAUCAACCGCAUAUGCCCAUUUGUUGGGAACAGACCAGUCCUGAUCGAUAUCAGUAAUUGUUUUCACAUUACUGAUGAAGGUUUUGCUGCUUUGGUCAAUCAGUGCGGCGCCAAUGUCCACACCUGGCGGAUGAAGAGCGUUUGGGACGUGACAGCGGCUUCGAUAUUGGAAAUGGCGAACCAGGCGCGUGGCUUGAAAGAGGUUGAUCUCAGUAAUUGUCGCAAAGUCAGCGAUACUUUACUGGCUCGAAUCGUGGGGUGGGUUUCUACCGGGCAACAAUCCUCAAGUAGUCGCAACAAGUCACAGCGACCCGCGCUCAACACCAAGGUCAAUGCUCAAGUCAUUCCUGCUGCUGGAACCGUAUUUGGCUGUCCUGACCUAAAGACUGUGACGUUGAGCUAUUGCAAACACAUUACGGAUCGAACUAUGGCACAUAUCGCGACCCAUGCAAAAGAGAGAAUUGAGUCAUUGGACCUUACGCGGUGUACCACCAUCACAGACGCAGGGUUUCAGUAUUGGGGCAACGUUCGAUUUGAGAAACUAAAGCGGCUUUGUCUGGCGGAUUGCACGUAUUUGAGCGAUCAAAGUAUCAUAUGGCUGGUCAACGGGGCAGGGAACGGGUUGAGACAGCUUGAUCUGUCGUUCUGUUGUGCACUUUCCGACACCGCGACAGAGGUCUUAGCGUUAGGUUGUCCCAAUCUGACUCAUCUCAACAUGUCCUUCUGCGGCAGCGCUGUUUCUGACCCCAGCCUGAGAUCGAUUGGCUUACACUUGACCAACCUGAAGCAAUUAGCCGUUCGAGGUUGCGUCCGGGUGACUGGCCUUGGUGUGCAAAGUAUUUUGGAGGGCUGUCAGAAGCUUCAGCUUUUUGAUGUCAGCCAGUGUAAGAACUUGCAACCCUGGCUUGUCUCUGGUGGAAUUGAACGCUGGCGCUCUUUUGGCCGCGAGGUCAAAUUUAUCACCGUCAGCGUUGGGACCAAGCUGGUGAGAUGACAUUUGACCUUGACGCCUAAUGAUUCACUUCCCUUCACGACAUGUAACUUUCCUUUCCUGGUCGAAAAACUUGUUCGAAAACUCUUCACGAUAUGAAACGUUAUGACACGAAAAAUGAAUUCCGCUGAUAAGCAAAGCAACCGGAGACAAGAUUGGAUCAUUCAACCCGUGCCGUUGGAGGGCACUUGAUCGCAAACAGAAGAAAGAAAUGGUCGUUGUCCCGGAGUCUGGCGAGCGUAAAGAAAUGAAUCAUGGGCUAGAGAUGAUGGGUAUUGUUCAUGGCAUUCUUCAUCUAGGUUGAGGAGAUACCCCCAUUGAUAAUGAUACAGAUGGUUUAUGCAUGUUGGAAUAGGCCAAAUAAAUCAUCGUCAGCCUU